UCCCGUGUGCGCGGAGACCGGCGGCGCUUCCCGAGCUUCUCCCGCUGAGCACCCCCGGCCGGCCCCGCGCCCCUGCGCCAUGGCCGCGUACAAGCCAGUGGUGGUCCAGGCGUGCCCCAAGCUCGGGGAGAGGAUCACGCAGGACACGCUCUACUGGCGGGGAUACAAGACACCUGUUCAGAUAAAGGAAUUCGGUGCAGUAAAUAAAAUUGACUUCUCCCCAGUCCCGCCAUAUAACUACGCUGUCACAGCAUCCUCGAGGGUAAGUGGCUUUUUUGAGGCUUUUAUGCUGUUGUUCUUCAGCCGGUAUCUCACCAGAAGAUGUAAUGCCCUCGUGUUUUGGCAGAUCCACAUCUAUGGCCGUUACUCCCAGGAGCCCAUCAAGACGUUCUCUCGCUUCUGGCACGCGGCGUACUCUGCCACCUACCGGGACGACGGGCGCCUGCUCGCCGCGGGCAGCGAGGACGGCAGCAUCUCCCUCUUCGACGUCAGCGGCAAAGCACCGCUGAGGCAGUUCGAGGGUCAUACCAAGCCAGUUCAUCUAGUGGGAUUCCUGUCCGAUAAAUACCGAAUAUUUUCUGGUGGUGAUGAUUAUUCAUCAAAUUUGUGGGAUAUUCCAAGUGCCACAGAAAUCAUCUCUUACAGUGAACAUACUGACUAUGUGAGAUGCGGCUGUGCAAGUAAAGUGAAUACAGAUGUCUUCAUAACAGGUUCCUAUGAUCACACUGUGAAACUGUUUGAUGCACGAACAAAGAGUAGUGUCAUGACAAUAGAACACGGCCAUCCUGUGGAGAGCGUGCUUCUCUUUCCAUCUGGUGGACUUCUGGUAUCUGCAGGAGGUCGAUAUGUCAAAGUUUGGGAUGUAUUAAAAGGUGGACAGUUACUAGUUUCACUUAAAAAUCACCAUAAAACUGUGACUUGUCUGUGCCUGAACAGCUCUGGACAAAGAUUAUUGUCGGGAUCCCUUGACAGGCAUGUGAAGAUUUACAGUACUACAUCCUACAGAGUGGUCCACAGCUUCAAUUAUGCAACAUCCAUCCUCAGUCUUGCAUUGUCGCCUGAAGAUGAAACCAUAGUUGUAGGCAUGACCAAUGGGGUGCUAAAUGUUAAACACAGAAAACCAGAAGAAAAGAAUGAAGACUCUCAUAAGAAGAGACAACCAGCAUAUAGAACCUAUGUGAGAGGAAGAACUUACAUGCCAAAACAGGAAGAUUUCUGUGUCAGUAAGCCUGUAAAACGUGUUUUGAGAAAAUAUGACAAGCUGCUCAGGAGCUUUCAGUCUUCCAAGGCUCUUGAUGCAGUACUGGAGCCACCCAUCAUGCUUCAUACCCCUGAAGUCACGGUUGCAGUCAUGCAGGAGCUGCAUCGCAGAGGAACACUGAGAAGUGCACUUGCAGGCCGAGACGAGAAGCAAGUUAAUCUCCUGCUUACCUUUGUGGCAAGGCGUGUGAUUGAGCCUAGAUUUACUCCUGUGCUGGUGACUGUUGCUGAUAUGCUCACUGACAUUUAUCAGCCUGUGGUUGGGCAGUCAGCAAUAGUAGAUAAACAGUUCUUGAAACUUCAGCAAGCUAUCGGAAAAGAAAUUGACUGUCAAGAAGAACUACUAGAGGUUUUGGGAAUGAUGGAUACACUGUUUGCUACUUUUACUAAGAAAAGAGAUACGCGUCUAGAAGAGAACAAAAGUAAUGGUGUCACAGAGAUCAUUGAAACAAAUAGGAAUUUCUGACACCCAUCUCAACAAAUUGUCACAAUUGUGAACUUGAAAGACAUGACCUGUUCUCCUGGUAACUUCUUAUAAUAGUGACUUUCAAAAUAAGCCUCUCUAUGUUGAAGUUCUGUCUUUUAAACUGUGUUGCUGAAUAGGAUUGAUUACUGAAGAUAGAGAAAGAGGACAUUUUCAAGGUUGUCCAUGCAAUAUUUUUCAAGCAAUUUAGUUUUAAAGAAUUUUAUUUCAGAGUUACAUUUACAUGGGGAUUUACAUGGCCUCAUUUUUGGUAGCUGCAGGGGUGGCUUCUGUGAGAAGCUGCCAGAAGCUUCCCUCAUGUUUGGCAGAACCAAUCCCUGGUGGCUCCAAAGAUGGACAUGCUGCUGGCCAAGGCUGAGCCAACUAGAAAUGGUGAUAACAAAGUUAUUGUGCAGUUGUAAUUGCGACCAGAGAAAAGCAGAGUGAGAACAUGUGAGAAGGACAACCCUGUGGACACUGAGGUCAGUGAAGAAGGAGGGGCAGGAGAUGUUCCAAAUGCUGAGACUCCCCUGCAGCCCAUGGUGAGACAGUCCUGCCCCUGCAGCCCAUGGAGAUCUGUGGGGAAUGCAGAGAUCCAACUGCAGCCCGUGGAGGAGCCCACGCUGGAGUAGGUGGAUGUCUGGAGGAGGCUGUGACCCCAUGGGAGACCCAUGGAUGAUAGUAUAGGGAUAAAAUGUUUCUAAAAUCAUGGGAUAUUCAGGGGAGUUGGAAAGAAAGGUUGGGCCUGGUAGGCCCUGGGAAAAUGUUGGGCUUUACUGGAUCAUGUGAAACUGCACCUGUAUAAUCAUUUAAUGAGUAGGAUAAAUGAUAAGGUUGUUAAAUGUGAUGAUUGUUUGGUAAUUGGAUAUGAUUGUUGUUCCAUCAUAACAAGAAUAAUGAGAAACGAUGUUUGGGGGAGAUUACAAGAAUCCAUGCUUGGAUGAGAUCAAUGUAUACAAUAGAAGAAUAUAAGUUUAAUAAUUAAUAUGUAGUUAUAUAACGGUAAGGGUAUAAAAACAUGUUCAUCCUGAGCCCAUGUCGGAGUCAGAUUUGGGUCUGUACCCCUGACACCCAGAGUUCUUCAAUAAAAGCACCUGUAUAUAA